ACUGUGUGUGACCGUUCUGGUAUUCCCAUUUUGUACAGCACAGCAUCCAAGAACCUUUGGGAAAUAGACUGAAGAAGCUGAUCUCAACCAAUCUCAGCGAGGAGUCCAGCUUAUACCGUUUUCUGUGGUGCACGAUGUGUCGUCUACUGGACAUCCUGCUGGCUUUGCUGAGUCGUUUCCUGUUUGCGGUCCACGGGGUGGUGACAGUGUGGCGUGUGGUGGCCGUUAAAGAGGAGCCACUCUACUGGCUGCUGCUGAUGGGUGUGGCUCUGCUGGGUGUGGAAAUGGCUGUCACUCUGAAGUGCACCCGAAAUGCAGAGUGGAAAUGGUUCUCCCCCAUGGUUUUCCUCUACCUCAGUACUGUCAUCCCGUCCAUUUGGUUCCUGGAGCUGAGCCUGCUGCAGUCCAAGCUGCCUGUCAACAAUUCCUCCGGCCCUGAGCUUCAUUUGCUGGCUGGCAUCCCGAUCACAGCGGGCAUCGUGGAGCUGGACCCAGAAAAUUGGGUGGCAGGCCUGGAGCAGACCAUGCUCAUAGUAUUGGUUCUGGGUCGCUGGCUGAUGCCAAAGGGUUAUAUGUCCCGCGAUCAGCUCUCCCAGCUCCUCAUGGUCUACGUAGGACUGGGUGCUGACAUCUUGGACAUCUUUGACACCUUCAAGGAACCUGAGGUCAGGACCAACCGUGCGGUUGUCAUCAUGGGCCUGGGCCUUUUCUCUUGGGCGCUCAUGCAAUUUCCUCUGGUGCUGACCCAGACACAACCCCCAAAGGGUAAGCCUCCACAGAGGAGUGUGGGCGGUCCCUCCUGCUGUCCUGGUGCUCCAUCGCCGUUCACCUCCUGCUGCUCCAGUGAAGUGUGGAGCUUGCUCCUCACAGUGGGACUCCAAGAUGGCCCGUUUCUGCUUUACCGGCUCUAUCUUAUGGUCCAAGAGCAGGUACUCAACCAGCUGAUGAUCUUCUUCACCUGCAAAAACAUCCUCAUUGUCCUCUUGGAGCUUUACAGAAUCUUUGUGGUGCAGUGCGAACAGCCGGUUGGGGAAUCGGGGUUGGAGAGGUGUGCUGCUUUGGUGCUCCGGUGUCGAACCCAGAGGGGUAAGGAGGAGGAGGAGGAGGAGGAGGAGGAGGAGGAAGCAGGUGGAGAGGAGCAGAGCUGUCAUACAGACACAGAGAGGGAGGAAGAUCAGAGAGGUGUCCAGGUAGAGAAAGGCUUAAAAUGCCGUGAGGCAUGACUUUAGCCCUCGGGGGGGGGAGGAUGGCUUUCACACACCAAGAGAAAAGUCGAACCCAUCUGCCAUCUCUUGCAUCUCAGCUCCGCUCAGAGACAGUCUUGUCUCUCUGGAGGUUCAGUGACUAGAAAUAGACCACAAGAGAAGAGAAAAAGUCCCAACUGAAAAGAUCAGAGAUGAAUUAAUGCAACCCCCUUUGAUAAAACCUUUCCGAAAAAGUGGUGUUUCAAUCAGAGGAGGUUUCUCUGCUGAAAGAAAAAAACAGUUCAGCAAGUUUAGCGCUAACUGUCAAUCAUCUUUGAUAUAUGAGAGACUUAACAAGAUAGCUGAAGCCAAAUCAGUACAGCGUUGUGCUUUCCAGUGCAACGCAUUUGUUUUAAUCAGCAACAGCUUGGGGUGAUAUGAUUUCAUUAUGUUGUGCGUAUGCAUUUUUAAUAAAGUGAUGGUAAUGAUGAUGGCUUUGACAGGAGACAAUAUAUGGAUCAAAUUAAUAUGGCAGAGUA